AUGGGUCAAUUACAGUGGCAAUUGCUCCCAGUCUUUUUCUCUCUCUUCCUUUCUCUCCCAUCCCUUACCACCGCACAAUUUGCAAACACCAGUACAUUGUCAUUCGCCGUACCCUCAGGCUACACUUCCGCAACCUUCAACGCCUCCGCUCAACCCACGUCCGCGACUCCCCAAACCGACUUCUCCAACUCCGCCCUCGCCCUGCUCUGGAACUUCAUCGGCCCCGUUUCCAUUGGCCCCGUCACCACUACCAUUAAACCUACCCCAGAACCCACUUCUUACGCGCAACCCCUCGCUUCAAAUUUCCACCCCUUAGUGGCUUCUAAAGACCCCUCUCUCGCAAACCUUAAGCUGCCGGAAGGGUUCAAAUGGGGGUUAGCUAGCUCAGCGUAUCAGAUUGAAGGCGCAGCGAAAGAUGAGGGUAAAGGGCCGAGUAUUUGGGACUUGCUGAGCCAUCGGGUGCCGAAUUUUGUGUCAGAUAAUACGACGGGGGAUGUGGUUGGGAGCCACUAUUGGUUGUAUAAGCAGGAUUUUGCAAGGUUGAAAGGGUUGGGGAUUAAGGCAUUCAGUCCUUCCAUCUCCUGGCCACGCAUCUUCCCUUUCGGCAAAGGGCCUAUCAACGAAGCCGGGGUUAAGCAUUACGACGAUGUGAUCGCCGAACUCCAUGCCAACGGUAUCACACCUGCAGUAACUCUCUUUCACUGGGACACACCCCUCGCCCUCUACAACGAAUACGGCGCCUGGUCGUCCCCGCAAAUCGUUGACGACUUCUUCAACUACGCCAAAUUCAUUAUCUCCCGCUAUGACGCGUACGUCGAUGAAUGGUUCACCAUCAACGAACCCCAAUACUGCAACUGGCAGUUCUCGUACUAUCCCGCUGGAAAGUACUAUCCAACCUUCAAUUCUACGAGUCCGGUAAAGUCCCGUUUCUUGUGCGGACACUAUAGUUUGCUGGCGCAUGCUAGGGUGGCGAAAUGGUACCACGAGGAGUUCAAAGGUAAGGGCAGGAUUACGUUUAAGAAUUCGGGUAAUUAUUAUGAGGCGAAUAGUACGAAACCCGAGGAUGAGGUUGCGAGACAGAGGAAUUUUGAUUUCGCGGUGGGUUGGUUUGGUGGGCCAUGGACAGAUGGCGAUUAUCCGAAGAGUCUAAAAGAUACGCUUGGAGAUCUGCUUCCUACGUUGACGCAGGAGGAGAAAACGAUGAUUAAAGGAUCUUGUGAUUUCUAUGCUAUUGAUGGAUACUCGUCGUUCACUGCGUUCGAAGUCGACGGAGGAAUCGAAGCUUGUGUUUCAAAUCGCUCGCACCCAGGGUUCCCGGAUUGCGCUGGCAGCGCGUCAACCGCAUCGAAUGGCUUCCCCCUAGGCCCAGCUGCUGACCCGGCAAUGAGCUGGCUCUACGACACGCCAACCGGCAUCCGCAAAUUCCUCAAACAUCUCACAACUGUGCUCUUCCCGUCGAUCCCCGACAUCGUUGUCACCGAAUUUGGCUUUGCAGAACCAUUCGAGGCGCAACUUAGCAAUAUGAACCAAAUCCUUUGGGACCUGCGAAGGGCAGACUAUUUUCAGAGCUACCUUGAUAGCAUCUUGGCGUCGAUUCACUAUGAUAAAGUCAAUGUGACGGGCGCUUGGGGAUGGGCUAUCUUUGAUAAUUUUGAAUGGGGCUCUGGGACGAGUGUGAGGUUUGGCUUGCAGUAUCAUUCACCACCGUUCGUCCUGGCCGACGAAAUCCCCCCUAAUCCCCCCACCCCAGUCACUUCCGACCGCCCAGCCAUCCCGAACUCCCCAGCUUCUCCUUCCCCAGAAAUCUCUGCCCUUUUCUCUACCCAGCAACCUACCCUAAGCGCCUCCGGCCAGCCAUCUGCGACACCUGCCACUUCCUCUGCACCGGCCACCACGUCCAAGCGCAGACACAGCCUCUCUGAGAGUUCAGACGACUCAGAGAGUUCCGCAUCGCACCCCUCUAGAGGCCGGCCCUCCCGACAUAUAUCGAAGCGAAGGCGCAGAGCAGACGGGACAAUGCGCCUUGACAACGACGCUUCAAAACGGUCCCAGUCACCCAUACAGAACUUUUCAAAUGGCUCCACACGCUCUCCGGGGUACAGGGGGAGCCUGGGGAAGGUAGCGAAUGGGGAUUCACAUACCAAGGCCGAGAGCAACGGUUCCACGGCCUCGUACACGAACGGAAGCUCUGUAGCUAACGGACGGUCAGUGCCCACAACCUUCUUCGGCCAUGACAGGGAGGAAGUUACGCGUAUUUUAAUUCAGAGCCUGACGGAUCUGGGAUACCACGGCGCUGCGGGGGCAUUAUGCAAAGAAAGUGGCUAUCAGCUGGAAGGUCCCACAGUAGCGUCAUUUCGCAGUGCGGUAUUGAAAGGGGAUUGGGCGGAGGCCGAGGAGCUAUUAUUUGGCACGAAUUCUUAUGAUAAUGGGGGAGGAAUUGAUCUGGAUGGACAUGGGACUUACGCAAAGUCCUGGGCGAAGUCUGCACGAUCAACCUCCACCGCACGGCAUACCGGAGGCCUGACACUGGCGGAAGGGGCUAAUAGAGACGAAAUGCUGUUUUGGAUGAAGCAACAGAAGUAUCUGGAGCUGUUGGAGCGGCGUGACCUGGGAAAGGCCCUCAUGGUUCUCCGGCAGGAGCUGACCCCACUUCACCAAGAUGUUGGCCGGUUGCAUGCUCUUUCAAGUCUCAUGAUGUGUCAAUCUGCCGAUGAUUUGAAGUUUCAAGCCCAAUGGGAUGGAGCAAAGGGUGACUCCCGAACCCUUUUACUUUCUGAACUCUCUAAAUCUAUAUCGCCCAGUGUCAUGAUUCCCGAACAUCGACUAGCAAUUCUUCUAGAUGAGGUGAAGCAAAGUUGGAUCUCAAAUUGCCUUUACCACAACACCGCAGCCUCUCCAUCACUCUAUGUGGAUCACACUUGUGAUCGGGACGACUUCCCGAUGAAACCCGUGCUUGAGCUUCGGCAUCACAGCGAUGAAGUCUGGUACCUAAAAUUCUCGAAUGAUGGCACCAAGCUAGCUUCGACAAGCAAAGACCGCACCGUCGUCAUCUACGACACAACUACUUAUAAGCUUCUACAUAAACUCAAUGAGCACGAUGCGGGGGUCACUCAUGUCGCUUGGAGCCCUGAUGACACUAGAAUCAUCACGUGUUGUACGCAACAAGAAUGCUCAGCCCGAAUCUGGGAUGUAAAGAGUGGACGAUGCAUUACUACCAUUAGCGAUUUCACAUACCCAUGUACAACAGCAGGGUGGGCUCCAGAUGGAAAAACCGUGGUCAUUGGCUCUCAGGAUACUAAAUACGGACUAGCUGUAUGGGACACGGACGGAAAUAUUGUCCACAGAUGGAUUGAGGACAAUCUCCGCGUCAACGAUCUCGCAAUUUCGCCGGAUGGCCAGCGACUUGUCGUGCUCUUGGAAAACAGGAUCCUUGUCUAUGACUUCACCUCGUACGAGAAGAUUUGUGAAUGGACAUUGGACGACAUCAAACUCACAUCAGUCAACAUUAGCCAAGACUCGCAGCAUAUGCUGAUCAGCAUGAACGAAAACAAGAUCAAACUCAUGGAAAUCGACACUGGAGAGAUCAUUCAACGGUACUCAGGCCAAGUUCAGACACAAUUUAUUAUUCGUUCUGCUUUCGGUGGGGCAAACGAAAACUUUGUCGUUAGUGGAAGUGAAGACUCUCGGAUAUACAUUUGGAGGACGAAUGGCCUCCUUGUCGACGCUCUCGAUGCUCAUCCCAAUGGCUGUGUCAAUUCGAUAGCUUGGCACCCCACAGAUCCCAAGGUCUUCGCCUCAGCAGGCGACGACAUGAAGGUUCGGAUAUGGAAACCAGCCCCACCACAUUUUCAAUCGACUUCGAACGGCUACAGUCGGUAGCCAGGCCAUUUCACCUUCCGCCUGCGGCGCCUCUGCAUACUGGGAUGACACACUGAUCAACUCUGAGCAUUUACAUGGCGAUACGGACCUCCAUCCUCCUAUAUUUCAGUAUUCCAUUUCUUAGGAGUUUACUUUGGUAGCUGGUCUUUUUGGGUGCAU